UUAGCAUCUGCUGUUACCUUCCAUUGCAUGGGGAUUUGUUACGCUGCCCUCAAAGUUACCAGCUACUGCAGCCUCUCAAAAUAAAACUCAACUACAAGAAAAAAAAGCAAAAUGUUUCUGUCUUCAGUGAUGAAUUUCGAAUGGAACCUUCCCCCGUCAAUCCUCUUGUCUUUAGUUCACAUUUGCCUCACAGCACAAACCAAUUAUGCUCCUUACUUUUUUGAUAAUGGGUCAGGAAGUACCAAUGGAAAUAUGGCCCUCCUGAGUUUGUCUGAGGAUACGGCAGUAGGCUCUUAUAUCUAUACAUUAAAUGGCAGUGACCCAGAAGGCUAUCCAGUAACAUAUGGCCUGACCUUUGAACCAGGAACAAAACGUUAUUUUGCUGUGGAUCCUCUUCAUGGAAAUAUCACAUUAAUUGAGGAACUCGACAGAGAGAAACAGGAUGAAAUUGAUGCACUUGUUAGCAUAUCAGAUGGCCUAAACAAGGUCAUUGAGAAAGUUCGAAUAUUGGUUACCGAUGUCAAUGAUGAGAGUCCUGAAUUCCUUAAUACUCCAUAUAUUGUGAAUGUGCCAGAGGACACUCCACCUGGAAGUAGCAUCCUCCAGAUAGAGGCGGUGGACAAAGACACAGGAUCUGGUGGCAGCAUCACUUAUUCAAUACAGAAUACUCAUGGCACUAGAUUUACAAUAGAUCGUCACAGUGGAAUCUUAAGGAUAAAAACUGGGCUGCCUUUAGACUUUGAAAAAUCCAGAACUCAUUUUGUUACAGUGUUAGCCAAGGAUGGAGGAGGCAAACUUCAUGGCAAAUACCAGAUCUUUUCUUCAACAACCACUGUAACUGUAAAUGUUGAAGAUGUGCAGGAUUCUCCUCCAAUAUUUAUAGGCACACCAUACUAUGGUUAUGUAUACGAGGACACUAUAAUGGGAUCUGAAAUAUUUACUGUGAUGGCGUAUGACGGGGACAGGGGAAUCCCCAACAUUAUCUAUUAUUCUCUUGUGGAUGGAAGUGAUGGAGCGUUUGCUAUCAACAAUGCUACUGGAGUGAUUACACUAGUCAAACAUCCAAAUGAACUCAAGAAAGAGGUCUACGAACUGAAAAUUCAGGUGUCCGAAAUUACCCCUGAAGAUGAUAUGGUAGCUCAUGCUUUUACAGUUGUCACUAUAAGAGUAGUUGACCUCAACAACCAUCCCCCAACUUUCUAUGGGGAAAAUGGUCCUCAGAACCAAUUUGAACUUACAAUGUAUGAGCAUCCUCCGGAGGGCGAGAUCUUGAGAGGGCUUAAAAUUACUGUCAAUGAUUCUGAUCAGGGAGCAAAUGCUAAAUUCAAUCUACGUCUGGUUGGACCAGGAGGAAUCUUGCGCGUUGUGCCUCAAACUGUGUUAAAUGAAGCUCAAGUAACCAUCAUAGUGGAAAAUUCUGCUGGAAUAGAUUAUGAAAAAUUUCACUUUCUUGUGUUUAAGCUUCUUGCCAUAGAAGUUAACACACCUGAAAAAUUUAGUUCAACAGCUGAUAUAACCAUUCAUCUUCUUGACAUCAAUGACAACGUCCCAAAGUUCUCAUCAGAGUAUUACAUUGCCAGGAUUCCUGAAAACUCUCCCGGGGGCUCUAACGUUGUAGCUGUGACAGCAACAGACCUGGAUUCAGGACUCUGGGGUGAAAUAAAAUAUUCAAUCUAUGGUGCAGGAUCUGAUCUUUUUCUUAUCCACCCUUCAACAGGAAUUAUUUACACACAGCCAUGGGCAACUCUUGAUGCGGAACUCAACUCCAAAUAUAAUUUUUACGUUAAGGCCGAGGAUACUGAAGGGAAAUACAGUUUGGCUGAAGUCUUUGUCACAGUGCUUGACAUCAACGACCACUGUCCAGAAUUUAAUGAAAAUAUCCAAGAAAAGACGAUGAUCAUUGGAUCUCCAGUAAAAAUUGAAGCAACAGAUCAGGAUGCAGACGAACCCAACAAUGUUGUGGAUUAUUUCAUCAUGCAAGCGGAUCCAGCCAACAUUUUCGACAUUGACCAAAAUACUGGGGAGAUCAACCUCAAAUCAUACAUCCGGUCUUUGGAUAUUAUUGAGAAUAUUACACACAAUAAAGAUUGCAAGUGGUCGGUGGUUGUGCAAGCAAAAGACAGAGGCUCCCCGUCCUUCAGUACAACUGCUGUAGUUAAAAUUGAUGUAACAGAAGAGACUCUUCUUCACAAAGGGCCAAUGGCUGCCUUUUUGAUGCAAAGUAAAGAUAACCCCAUGAAAGCACUAGGGGUUCUAGCUGGUGUUAUGGCCAUUAUGGUGGUCAUCACAGUCUUCAUAUCCACAGCCAUGUUCUGGCGUAAUAAAAAGUCUAAUAGGGUUAUGCCCAUGAGAAGAAUAAUUAGACGAAGGCGAACUGACCACCCACCAAGAACGGCAAGGACAGAGUGGUUGAAAUUCAAGAAGUCCAGUCAUGCCGCUGAUAAAUUUGCCCUUGAAGAGAUGGAAGCAGGAAUUGAAAAUGAAAAUGGGAACAACAACAGUCCAUGUCAUCUGCUACCACCAAGUGCACCCUCUCCUCCUCCGCCUCCACGUCUAUUGCCAAAGUUCAGCAAGACAGAAUGGAGCUUGCCCACAGUUUCGGGAUCCAUAACACCUAGGAUCAUAGAUCAGCAAAUGAAAGAGCGAGUUCCCAGCGCCAGUGCUGCUCUAGUCUCCGAACUAAAACAAAUGUUGGAGAAGAAAAAUGCAGGCAGCUCAAUAUCAUUUUACUAGUAGAUAUACCAUACAGUGAAAACAUAUUUGAAUGGAAAAUGUAAUUUGAAGAAUCUGCACCAAGGUGGAUUGUAUGCAAUUUCCCCAAAUAAGCAGUGUUAUCUAUUUAUCAUUCAUAAGGUGUAAAUAUUUCUUAAAUUAGGUACUACACAAGGUGCAGAUUGAACGGUGUAAAUUAUGUUGAAUAACUGCUGUUGAUCAAUUUAAGAACGUACAUACAAAGUUACACCACUCAUUUCAUGACCACUAUGUGAGCUUUAAUGGGAAUGUAUACCCCAAAUAAUAGUGGCUUAAUUACCUUUACUAAAUGUGUUGACUGCUUUAUAACUAAUUAUUUUGAUACAUGGAGUGACUAUCAUCUGGAAUGCAUAGCUGGUAGGUUCCAAAUACCACACGUAACAUUUUGUGAGCAAUAAAGUUUAAAGUAGUCUCUUAAAGGGGCAUGACAUCAAAAAGAGCUAAAAGUUAUUUAAAUAUCACUAGAUGUUGUAAAAAGUCCACAAAAUAGGGGCCAAAGCCCUUGUGUCUCCUGGUGUAAUAGCUCUCCACAAUUCUAAAAAUACAUUUUUAAAAAAUUUCAUAAAUUGUCAGAUAUUUAACGUUAUGUUUCUGAUGACCAGUCAUUGGAAAUGGAUGUUUUCAUGUGUGGAAGUUCCAAACUGAGAAGGUCAGAAACUGUUGACGUUUAGAAACCUGCAAAAAGCAAUGGUAACCUUGAAUAACUGCAAUGAUAUUUUCAAGAGGUUAGCUUAUUUAACAAAGAAACACAUCUGAAUUAGUAAUUCUUUUUGUAAGCCAUUUAUUUAAGGUUGAACAGUUGAUGCCCAAUUAUUUAUAUAUUCACCUGUUAUGGGAAUUCUUAAUUCUCACACAUGUUAAUGAUGCACAUGUAUUAAUUGCCAUGUAAUUAUUUUAUUUUUGUGAUGAUUGUGUGUGUGUGUGUGUGUGUGUAUAUAUUUAUAUAUAUAUAUAUAUAUAUAUACAUAUAUAUACACAAGAAAUGAACUAUGCUAAAGAUAAUAGAAGCUAUCAACGUUUUCAUUGAAUAAAGCAGUCAAGUAUUGUAUCUGUUUGUCUUUUUUUAA